AUGCCUAGUCCAACCUCACAUUCCCGGUCACACUUUAUGAGUGAUUAUCAGCGAUUUACCAUGAUCGUUCCAUUUAUCCUCAACCGUUUCUUGUCCCCAGAGCAUAUAAAAAAAGAAUCAUUGGAAAAAAUAAAAAUUUCAUUAAGAACCUAUUCCAAAGUAGUACCUAAAAAAAUAAUAGAAGUUUGGAGUAAAAUGGCCAUAUGUACCAAGUCUAUUUUCUCCCCAUCUUUUUUAAAUAAUGAUUAUGAAAAAUUAGAAAUAUUAUUACAAGAAGAACACGAUCUUUUAAUAAAA